AUGUGUUUUUUCCCUGGACCGUACUGUACUCCAGCCAAGCUGCUGUCAGUUGGUGAUGACUUCACUUUUCAUGCUUUCCUAGACCUGGUGCCAAGUGGUUUGGGAGCGGACCAGAGCCUCGGCCCUCGGCUCCGGAGUCACAAAAAGGGCGGAGGUCGUUUCUAUAGCGACGGCACGAGGGCGUGGUCCCGCCCUGCACUCUCCAGGUGGGCCCUGCGGCGGCCGCCAGUCCGAGCCUGCCUGAUGCAGCUGCUCGCACCGCCCACCCGCACCGGAGCAAUUAAGAGUGGGAGCGACCACGCGCCCCGCGGUGAUGAGGCUCUGGCCGGCUACGCGCACUCCCCGGCCCGCGUGCCCGUGCGCCUCCGCCCUGCAGAGCCAGCCCCUGGCCCAGCGCUCCUGAAGGUGUGUGGGUCACACGCCCAGAGCCGCACUUGCCUCUCAGGCCGGACUCAAAUGGACUCUAGAAAGCCAGGGAAAUGCUGUCCGACUUCCUUCCCGAUUUUGAAAGCAAGAAAGAAACAAAGUCUCACCUCUCUGAAGGUUGAGAGUAAGCCUUUGGUUCAAGCCCAGAAGCUGCCUUCCAAGAUCAAGAACCCCAGAAUGACCCGAUUCUUGCAUAAGAGUACAAACGUCAGCAUUACUUCAUCCCCUUCUGUGGAUGCCAAGGGGAAGAAGAACGUGCUAAACUUCCCACUCAUCAGCAACAAAAUCCUGCUGAAACCACCCCUGCUGUAUCAGGAGCGCCAAACUCACAAGCAGGUGCCAGCCUCUGAGCUCAAGGCUUUCCGCUCUAGCUUAGAAACUCAAGAUUCCAAGCCAGAGAAGGAGUCACCAAGGCAGCAGCACAAGGUGCCUCUGACGGUGGCUGAGGCCCUGAAGUCCUUUCAGAACCAGCUGUCUCCUUAUGAGCAAAGUGAAACCUUGGGCUACGCAGAGCUGUGGUUCCUGGGUCUUGAAGCUGAGAAGCUCAAAGUGGAUCCUGAGAAAUUCAGCGAGACGUGCUUUGAUGACAAGCAUGGCUCCUACAAGAAGGUCCUGCAUGACCACAUCGCCUACCGCUACGAGGUUCUGGAGAUGAUUGGGAAAGGGUCCUAUGGACAGGUGGCCAAGUGCUUGGAUCACAAAAACAAUGAGCUGGUGGCCCUGAAGAUCAUCAGGAACAAGAAGAGAUUUCACCACCAGUCCCUGGUGGAGCUGAAGAUCCUGGAUGCCCUCAGAAGGAAGGACAAGGACAACACCCACAACGUAGUGCACAUGAAGGACUUCUUCUACUUCCGCAAUCACCUCUGCAUCACCUUUGAACUCCUGGGAAUCAACUUGUACGAGUUGAUGAAGAAUAACAGCUUUCAAGGCUUCAGCCUGUCAGUAGUUCGGCACUUCACCCUCUCUGUUUUGAAGUGCUUGCAAAUGCUCUAUGUAGAGAAAAUCAUUCACUGUGAUCUCAAGCCUGAAAAUAUAGUGCUAUGCCAAAAGGGCCAAGUCUCCAUUAAAGUUAUUGACUUUGGAUCAAGCUGUUAUGAACACCAGAAAGUAUACACGUACAUCCAGAGCCGGUUCUACCGAUCCCCAGAGGUGAUUGUGGGCCACCCCUACAACAUGGCCAUUGACAUGUGGAGCCUGGGCUGCAUCACGGCAGAGUUGUACACAGGCUACCCUCUGUUCCCCGGGGAGAAUGAAGUGGAGCAGCUGGCCUGCAUCAUGGAGGUGCUGGGCCUGCCGCUAGCCCGAUUCAUUCAGACAGCCUCGAGAAGACAGAAGUUCUUUGAUUCCAAAGGUUUUCCUAAAAAUAUAACCAACAAGAGGGGGAAAAAGAGAUACCCGGAUUCCAAGGAUCUCACAACAGUGCUGAAAACCUAUGACAUGAGCUUCCUGGACUUUCUCAGAAGGUGUUUGGCAUGGGAACCUUCUCUUCGAAUGACCCCUGACCAGGCCCUCAAGCAUGCUUGGGUUCAUGAGCCACGAAACCUCGAGCCACGAAACCUCCAAGUACAGCCCAGGCCUCAGACUCUGAGGAAAUCCAGUUUCUGUUUCCCUUCUGAGACAAGGAAGGACAAGGUUCAAGGAUGUCAUGACUCAGUCAAAAAAGCGGAUGAGAUCACUGAAGAGACGACAGACAAAAUGAAAGAUGGCACCGCUAACUAAGCAUGCUGAUUCAGUUCAGGUGAUCAGCAGGGCUCUCUCCAGCACACAGCUGAUGCUGUCCAGCUGCCCCAUCUAGCAAAGGCUCCUGGAAAGCCAGAGGCAGUUGUUGGGCCAGACGUGUCCUUGACCUCCACAGAACAACAGAGCAAAAACUUCUCUUCCAAGAACACAAAUAUUUCACCACCUAUUGUAUGA